AUGCCUUCUUUUCUUCGUCGUUCUAAUGUAUCUUUAAGUUCAGCUGAUCGACCCCUUGAGUUAGACGUCCAGAUGGAAUCACCUCCUUUGAUUAUGUAUGGAGCUCCCGACGUUUCCUCUGGCGCAUUAGCAACAGGUCUUUUGAAGAUGACGGUGUUUGAACCUUCUGUUCAAACCAAUUCUGUCAACUUAAAGUUCAUGCGCAUAAUUUCUACAAAACAUCCAGUCCGCGAAAGCUGUCCCAACUGUCGUAAUACAGUGGAUGUUCUUGAAAACUGGGACCUUUCGUCAACGACAUUGUCGUUUGUUCAUGGUACACACACCUGGCCAUUUAGUUUUAUUGUUCCGGGGCAUUUCCCUCAAACAACAGAAUCUCCGUUUGUGAAUAUCCGAUACUUACUUUUGGCUACGGUAACCAGCGAUGUUUCAACCAAUACCAAUGUAAAGCUUGAGCACUCGCUAAGUAUAAGGCGGUCAAUCAUCUUAAACACCGACAAGGUUGCUCAACGCCUUUUCCCUCCUACUUCGCUGGUUGCGUUGUUGGAGAUGCCUCCUGUGAUCCACGCCUUGAGCUGCAUUCCGAUUCAAUUUCAGCUUACAGGAUGCAAACCUCAAAACACAAGAUUUUCAUGGCGGUUGUCAAAAGUAUCUUGGAGGAUAGAAGAGCAAAUUAAAGCCCAUAUAAGCCCGUGCACAGAACAUGAAGGAAGUCGGAAACCACACGAAUUUCGAGAAACAAGACUGUUGGGAAAUGAUGAGCAUAGGCAUGGCUGGAAAAUUGACGGUGAUCGUAUAUUGUUUGAUAUUACCGUCAGCACAUCACUCUUAUCGAAACCGAUAUGCGAUGUUACCUUAGAAGGCCAAUAUAGUAUUUCUAUAGCUCAUCAAUUGAUUUUCGAAACAAUUGUCGUGGAAGAAAUCAAUUCUCAACCAGUCAAUUCAAAUGCUCGCAUCCUGAGGAUGAAAGUCAACCUACCUCUUACUGAAAGAGGUGGUCUCGGCGUGAGCUGGGAUGAAGAAUGCCCUCCGAUGUUUACCAGUGUUGGACCAGGUCCUCCCCCUUAUGAGUAUGCUCUACAAUUACCUUCUGUGUAG